AUGUCAGCACAAGAUAUCUCAUCUGUUCCUCCACUCUUUCAACCAUUCAAAAUUAGAGGAUUGACUUUAAAGAAUCGUAUUGUAGUCUCCCCAAUGUGUCAGUACUCAUCGGUUGAUGGAUUUGCUAAUUUCUGGCAUGUUCAACAUAUUGGCAGUAGAAUUGUAGGUGGAGCUGGUUUAUUUAUUGUAGAAGCCACUGGUGUUUCGGAUAUUGGUAGAAUUUCACCAGGAUGUUUAGGAAUUUACAAAGAUGAACAUGUUGACAUGUUGUCUAAAAUUUGUCAAUUUACACACGAACAGGGUGGACAUAUCGGAAUACAAAUAGGUCAUGCUGGUAGAAAGGCAUCAACUGGAAGAUUGUGGGAAGCUCUAGGAAGAAAAGCAUUGACAAAUGAAGAAGGAGGAUGGGACGUUGUUGGUCCAUCUCCAAUUGCAUUUGAUGAUAAUCACAAAGUUCCUGCAGAAUUGUCCAUUGAACAAAUUCAAGAAGUGAUUCAACAAUUUGUGGAUGCUGCUAAGAGAGCUGUUAAGGCAGGAUUUGAUGUUAUUGAAAUUCAUGGAGCUCACGGAUAUUUAAUUUCCUCAUUCCUUUCACCAACUUCAAAUCAAAGAACUGAUGCUUAUGGUGGAUCAUUCGAAAAUCGUAUUAGAUUCUUGAUUGAAAUUGUUCAAAGAAUUAGAGAGAAUAUUCCAACUGAAAUGCCAUUAUUUGUCAGAGUUUCAGCUGAUGAAUACGUUGGUGAAGAGGGCUGGACCAUGAAAGACACUACAGAGCUAGCAAAGGUUUUACGUGAUUCUGGAGUUGACUUGUUGGACUGUUCAUCUGGUGGUAAUAAUGCCAAAGCCAAAAUUUCACCAAUUGGAAUUGUGCAAGGUUAUCAAGUUCCAUUCUCUGAGGGCGUCAAGAAAUCAGUUGAUGGAUUGGCCACUGGUGCAGUUGGUAAAAUAGUGGAAGCUAAAUUUGCUAAUGAUUUAGUGAAGGAUGGAAAGGCAGAUUUAGUAUUAAUUGGAAGACAAGAUUUGAAUGAUCCUUACUGGCCAAUUAGAGCUGCUCAAGAUUUGGAUUACCCAGUCGCUGUUCCUCCUCAAUACAUGUUUGCAUUCCCAAGAAAAUAA